CACGUAGCAUUCAUGGCACCAGUGCACAUGCCUACAGACCUAAGUAACCAUACCAUGCCAUCCUUACUUUUGCACUGCUGGUGGUGGUGGUGCUGCCUUCAGAGCUGGGCAACUGGCCAGCAGCCACCACUCUCUGGCUGUCCAGCUCUGAAAGCAAGGAAAAAGGUGAUCAUGCAACCCUCCCUACAAUAGCCUUGCCCCACCUCUUUUUCGGUCAGGACCCCCAGUUUGAGAAAUGCUGCAUUAGGAAAUGGAAAUGUCAAUGGCCCUAGCACUUGAAGGUGUAGAGAUAAGUAAGAGCCCCCCACGAGCUGCCCUACAAAGUGUUUAUUUCAUGUACAGCAAUCUUUCACGUUCCAGGAGAACAUCCUGCAACUGGGGUUUUCCUUAGAUUUGUGUGGUGGACAUGCCCAAACCUCUUUUCUUUCUGAAUUUGUGUUCUUCCUUCCUGAUGCAGGGGGCUGUGAUGGAGAGUGUGUCAGGUCGCUACGACUUCUAUAUCGGACUAGGCCUGGCUCUGUCCUCAAGUAUUUUUAUCGGAGGAAGUUUUAUCCUAAAGAAGAAAGGGCUUCUCAAGUUGGCCAGCAGGGGCUCCAUUAGGGCAGGACAAGGAGGUCAUGCAUACCUGAGGGAGAGGCUUUGGUGGGCAGGACUACUGUCCAUGGGAGUUGGAGAAGCAGCAAAUUUUGCUGCAUAUGCCUUUGCCCCAGCAACACUAGUAACUCCAUUGGGUGCAUUAAGUGUUCUAGUCAGUGCAGUUUUGUCGUCCUACUUUCUGAAUGAGCACCUGAAUGUCCAUGGAAAGAUUGGAUGCAUCUUGAGUGUUCUGGGCUCCACAGUGAUGGUAAUCCAUGCCCCACAGGAGGAAGAGGUAUCCAGCCUGGAGUCAAUGGCAGAGAAGCUUAAAGAUCCAGGGUUUAUAGCCUUUGCGGUGUGUGUGCUGGUGAGCUCCAUUCUCCUUAUCUUCGUGGCUGGGCCCCGUUAUGGGCGGAGCAACGUUCUGGUGUAUGUUUUGGUCUGCUCUGCCAUUGGCUCGCUCUCAGUGUCCUGUGUCAAGGGGUUGGGCAUCACACUGAAGGAGCUGUUUGCUGGGAAGCAGGUCCUGAAAGAACCGCUGGGCUGGAUACUCCUGAUUUGCCUGGUGAUCUGCAUCAGUGUCCAGAUUAACUACCUGAACAAGGCCUUGGACAUCUUCAAUACGUCUGUGGUCACACCUAUCUACUACGUCCUGUUUACCACUGCAGUCAUGACUUGUUCCGCCAUCCUAUUCAAGGAGUGGCAACACAUGGUCCUACACAACAUAAUUGGCACUAUAAGUGGCUUUCUAACCAUAGUCUCUGGCAUUUUCCUUCUGCAUGCAUUCAGAGACAUCCCCUUCACCUCAGACCUGCUGCCUCUCUUCCUGAAACAAGGAAGGGCAGACCUGCAUUCUUUUUGGAUGGGAGCAGACAAACACCAGUCAUGUCUACAUCCGCCUCUUCUGGGCCCAGAGGACAUCCACAAGGGUUCUCAGAGUGUGGAGGAGGAAGGUGAAAGUGUAUGAUGACUCAUGAACCUGUUGCCUGGGAAGGCCUUUGAACUUGUACCCAAGCGCUUUCUAUUCUCACUACUGAGCUCCGCUUGGUGAGUUUGCUAGAUCAGACUCCACCAGCUACAGCUGCAUUGUUGGGAAUAAGUAAAAGUCUGCUGCCUAUUCUGUGAGAAUGUUCUGUGCUUCCACUGCUGGGGACCUGAAGGACAAGUGAAGAGACCUGAUUGCAAUUUCCAGCUAUUAUGAACAAAACCUGGAAAAGAUCCCCACCAACACUAUAACCAGUAGACUUGAGUUCCCUUUGUAAGAACAUGCUGCAGCUACUAUCAGGCCACAGGCUUACGUGACAGGAGACCCAGUAGUAACACCACACUAAUCCUUACUGAAUGGAAGGACCACUCAGUUUAGGUGGCCUUAAAACAAAGCUUUUUUUAAUAUUUAAAGAUUGUUUACAAAACAUUCUAGCCACGUGCUGAGAUUCUUGUAUGUUGACACUGCCCCUACAGCAACAAGGGGUAAUGUGUGUUUUAAAAUGAUGUGCAUAGCA